GACUGCUUUUUUUCCAGGGAUUUCUUUCAUGGGGAUGUGUUCAAGGCAAGAGAGAAUUCAGAAGGAUAUCGACAUUGUGAUACAGAAGUCCAAGGCAGAGAAGGACUGCCUGUUUGCAGAUUUCAGAUACUCAGACUCCACUUUUACUUUCACCUACGUUGGAGGCACCAAAAGUGUAUCCUAUUCAGUACAUGUAUCAGAAGAUUAUCCAGAUAAUACCUAUGUUUCAAGUUCUGACAAUGAUGAAGAUGUGCUAGUUACCACCGAGCCAAUUCCUAUAAUUUUCCAUCGAAUAGCAACAGAGUUAAAAAAACCCAAUGAUAUUCCUUGUUGUUUAUCCAUAAAAUCAAAAUUACAAAAGGAAAAUGGAGAGGAGUCAAGACAAAAUAGUACUGUGGAAGAAGAUUCAGAAGGAGACAAUGAUUCAGAAGAAUUUUAUUAUGGAGGGCAGGUGAACUAUGAUGGGGAACUUCACAAACACCCACAGCUGGAAGCUGAUUUGACAGCAGUGAGAGAAAUAUAUGGGCCUCAUGCAGUUUCUCUCAGGGAAUAUGGAGCUAUUGAUGAUGUAGAUAUUGACCUGCAUAUUGAUGUCAGCUUUCUUGAUGAAGAGAUUGCUGUGGCUUGGGAUGUGAUUCGUACAGAGCCUAUAAUAGUCCGGCUACACUGUUCACUUACACAAUAUUUAAAUGGCCCAGUGCCCACUGUAGAUGUUUUUCAGAUUUCUACAAAAGAAAGAUUUGGAUUGGGACAUCAGUUAAAAAAAAUCAUGCAGACAUAUGUUACACAACAGUGGAAACAGAGCAAAGAAAAAUCAAAUUGUACACACAAUAAGAAGCUCUCAGAGAAGAAAGUGAAAUCCCCUCUUCACAUAUUUUCUACCUUGCGCAGGUCGCCGAGUUAUCCUCCCCCAGGAUGUGGUAAAAACAAAUCCAAACUGAAACCAGAGCAAGACGGCAUUUCCAAGACUCACAAGCUGCUACGAAGGACUUGUUCCAGCACAGUCAAGGCUGAGGAUGUGUGUGGGACCAAGUCCCACAGGACCUUUGGCCGCUCCCUGUCCAGCGACCCCCGAGCUGAGCAGGCUGUGACUAUUAAAUCACACAAGCUGCUAAGUCGUCCUUGUGCUGCAGCUGUCAAACAGGAAGAGUGCAUCACUCUAAAGCCACAUAAACUAUUGACUCGAUCUUGUUCAGGGGACCCUCGAUGUGAGCACAACAGUACUUUGAAGCCCCACAAACUGCUAAGCAGGUCUUACUCUAGUAACCUGAGAAUGGAGGAACUAGAUGGGCUGAAGAAUCACAAGUUACUCAGCAAGUCUCACCCCAGUGCCCCCAAGUCAUCCAAAACUGAGCUUUUCAAGGAACCUAUUGCAGAGGGCAGGAGACUCUCUCUUACCUCAGGGCUUAUUGGUAUCUUAACACCAUCUACAUCUUCAUCGCCCCAGACUGCUCCUACUGUGUGUGAACGUGAGCUUUGUGUAUUUGCUUUCCAAACGCUCGGUGUAAUGAAUGAAGCUGCUGAUGAAAUAGCAACUGGGGCUCAGGUGGUAGAUCUGCUUGUGUCCAUGUGUCGUUCUGCAUUGGAAUCCCCCAGGAAAGUGGUUAUUUUUGAGCCAUAUCCAUCUGUAGUAGACCCUAAUGAUCCUCAAAUGCUGGCCUUUAAUCCUAGGAAAAAGAAUUAUGAUCGAGUAAUGAAAGCGUUGGAUAGUAUUACAUCUAUUAGAGAAAUGACACAGGCACCAUAUUUGGAAAUCAAGAAGCAGAUGGAUAAACAGGACCCUCUUGCUCAUCCUCUAUUGCAAUGGGUUAUUUCAAGUAAUAGGUCGCAUAUUGUGAAACUGCCAGUUAACCGGCAAUUGAAGUUCAUGCACACUCCCCAUCAAUUCCUCCUUCUCAGCAGUCCACCAGCCAAAGAAUCCAAUUUUAGAGCUGCUAAAAAACUCUUUGGAAGUACCUUUGCAUUUCAUGGCUCCCACAUUGAAAACUGGCACUCCAUCCUGAGGAAUGGCUUAGUUGUUGCUUCAAAUACACGACUACAGCUCCAUGGUGCAAUGUAUGGGAGUGGAAUAUAUCUUAGUCCAUUGUCAAGCAUAUCAUUUGGUUACUCAGGGAUGAACAAGAAACAGAAAGUGUCAGCCAAGGAUGAGCCGGCCUCCAGCAGUAAAGGCAGUAAUACAUUACAGUCACAGAAAAAAGGACAGCAAUCCCAGUUUUUGCAAAGCCGUAACUUAAAAUGCAUAGCCUUAUGUGAAGUGAUAACAUCACCAGAUCUGCACAAGCAUGGAGAGAUAUGGGUUGUCCCAAACACUGAUCAUGUCUGUACAAGAUUCUUCUUUGUUUAUGAAGAUGGUCAAGUAGGAGAUACAAGCAUUAACACCCAAGAAGGAGGCAUUCACAAAGAGAUUCUCCGGGUAAUUGGUAACCAAACUGCAACUGGCUAAAGGACUACAGUGGUUUCUCUAUCAUGAUUUGAAAGCCUUCCUCGGUUUCAAAGCUGGAUUUUGAACUGAAGAAGAUGAAAAAAAAUUGUUAUUAUAAACAAAAUUAACCCUUUGAAUACCAAUUUUUUCUUAGUAUUUCUAAGUCUCAUUGAAAUACCUAAAAUGGUAUGCAAUUUACCAACUGUAGGGAUAUGGAAUCUAGUAAUAAAAUUCAA